CCGGCCCCGGCAUGUCAGGCGAGAGCGAGGAGAUCACCCGCCUGCGCAAGCCGCGCUUCUCCUACGAGGAGAACCAGAUCCUGAUCCAGGAGGUGCGGGCCAACUAUGCCAAGCUGUACGGCACGCAGAGCCGGCGGGUGACGGUGGCCGAGCGCCGGCGGGUCUGGGAGGGCAUCGCCGCCAAGAUCAACAGCAUCACCAGCUGGAAGCGGACCGGCCAGGAGGUGCAGAAGCGCUGGAAUGACUUCAAGCGGCGCACCAAGGAGAAGCUAGCGCGGGUGCCCCACUCCACCCAGGGGGCCGGCACCGCCUGCGACGAGACCUUCUCCGCCGAGGAGGAGACCAUCUUCGCCAUCCUGGGGCCCGGCGUGAUGGUGGGCGCCGGCGGGGCGGAGGCCGGCGCCCUGCAGAACGCGCCGGGCUUUGCCAGCCCCAGUUACCGCCUGGCGGGGGACCCUUGCGCAGAUACGCCAGCCAGAAGCAACCUCUCCUGCAGCCCAGAGACUUCCGCCCGGGCCUCCUGCUGCACCCUGGAUGGCGGCUUGCUGAGGCCCAAGGAACGCGACUCUCCAGCACCCCCCUUGGCCCAGCCCUCGUCACUGCAGAUAGUCCAGCUGGCGCCGUCCCCGGCCAGCUUGGGCUGCAGGCCGCUUCCGGAACACUCCCCCGCAGACCCCCGGGGCACCACCCCGUGCCCCUCGACCUCGCCAACCGUGCGGCGCCGGCGCGCCCGCCUGGACCCGCCCAUGGAGUCCCCGCUGGAUUUCCUGCAGGUCCAGCGGGAGACGGCCGAAGCCAUCCGCGAGCUGACGUACACCCUCCGGCAAGGCCUGGAGCGGCUCACCGACGUCGUGGCAGCCCUGCUGCCCCUCCUUCCAGCCCAGCCCGGCGGCCUGCUGCACCCACCGGGGGAGAUCCCUGCCCCCGUGGCCAGCCCCUCCAUGGAGACACUGCCCCCCAGGGACACCUUCACCACCAAGGUGGAGCUGUCCCCAGAGCAGGCGGAGCACGAGGCCAAAUCUCCGCAAGAGGAAGGGCAGCCCGUGCCUGAAGCUGGGCAGUCCCCAAGCCGGGCCCCUCUGCCCCAGAAGCGGAGGAAAGGCAUCCCCACUCGCAAACGCCGGGGGCGCUGGAAGAACCUGUGAGCCCCUCGAAGGGCCCUGCGGCGGAAGCGCAGACCUGCCGGGGGAGGUCUUCGCGACUGAUCUUGGAGCCCGGUCCCCACAGAGCUCUCCGCCACCAUCCUCUGGAUAAUGCAAGAUUUGGCAGAGGGUCCAACCUCUGCCAAGCAGGGUCCUGGCCCCACCUGUGUUUUCUGCUGUGCCUGUGCAACAGGCCACCCACUUCACCACGUGCAGCCCGACAGGUCAACCCAGCUCCAACACACACAAACGCACACUCCACAGCCCAAUGUCACUUAAGAGCCUCUUGUGUUUUGCAGUCUCAGGAAGACGGCUAAACCAGGCAGCUUCCUGAGCUGCUGACGGGCUGCCAGGUCACACGGGUGUGCAGCUCCUGAGACCAAAAGCCACCCUGGCUAAUUGAGUAAUAACCUGGAGUGAGGGAGUUCCAGUGGGGAGAGACCCCCGCAGGCGCUCUGCUGGGGGCACUGCUCUGGCAGGCCCUUUUCUGCUCCCCGGCCCAGCAGCUCUCUGCACGCCAACAUCUGACAGUGGGACGUGUGGGGAAAACUGCCCAGGUUCUGGCCUCACGAAGAGGCCGUUCCUUUCCCCUGCACUCUUCGCCCACCCCAUCCAGUGCCUGAAAGUCCAGAACCGUCCUCAGCUGAAGACCAGCUCCUGAGAACCAGCUAUGGAGGGGCAGGAAGGGGGUGGUUUGCUUUGCCCCUUCCAGACAAAAUGGCCCACGGGGAGAAACAACUGCCUCAAAGGACUGCCAUUUAAGCCAUUCAGUGAUGCCCUUUACUCUGUUAAAUCCUAUCCCGAUGGAAGCUCAAUAAACUAUUUUCAUACUAGA